CAUGAUGUGACAUCAAAUGGCAUAAAAAAAAAAUUAGAAUCCUCUUCUUUUUUGGAGGAACUUGGACUUUUUUACGAUGUUCUUUCUGAGCUUGCAAUGUUAUCUUGUAUAUUACAGUCCAGAAAAACAACUCUAAUGCGUGCCCAGUCGGAGAUAAAUAGAACGAUUAGAAUUUUAGAAAGUCUGAAAGCUGAACCUGGGGAAAAAGAAAAGGAAAUUAUAGAAGCUAUUCAGAAAGGAAUUAACAAAGGUGUCAAUAUUACAAUGACAAAAUCAGGAGGGAUUAACAGGUUACAAUUUUUGCAAAAUUUAGUAGACAGAAUGCGUCAACGCUUAUUUGAUGACUCAAAAAAUAAAACAAUGCUAGAAGACAUUCAGGUAAUUGAUGAAGUGUUCAAAGUAGCAAUUAAUGAUGCAAAGGGAGAAGAUGAAGUUAAAAGAGUAUCACGGACAUUAGGUUUUUCUAAAUUUGAAAGUGUAGUUGACUUCCGUUCAAGAAAUGUUUUUUCUAGUUUCAUGAAAGCAUUAAAUAUACUCCCAACUUCAACAGCUGAUUGUGAACGAGGGUUUUCCGAUAUGAAUUUGACAAUAACUGAUUUAAGGACUAGCUUAAACAUUGAAAAUGUGUCAGAUUUGAUGUUCAUCUCUAUCAAUGGCCCUUCAAUUGCAGAUUUUAAUCCUAGACCUUAUAUUAAAAUUUGGUUAAGAGAUCACCGUUCUGCCGUUUCCACUCCUAGAGGUAAAGAAAGAAAAGAAAUAGACGACGAAAAUAAGAUGCAGAAAUUAUUUUUUAACAAUAUUGAUUUCGUUACAUUAGAACGACAAAGCUGUAUACUAGCGUGCACCGAUUUACCAGAAAACACUUAUACGAUCCGUGACCAAGUUGUAUCAACAAUUGCCGAUAAUGGAAGCAAUUUUGUGAAAGCCUUUAAAGAAUUUGGUUGUGAUUUUUUAGAUGAGAAUGAUACUGACAAUGAUGAUAAAUACUAA